ACCACCAAAUGAUGCAAGAACCUAUGCCCAAGCUACUUCCCAACAAUUGAAUCAUAAAACUAAUCUUCUUUCCCAACAUUCUUCUUCCACUCCUUUGUUGCAACCUAAUUCUCAGUCUACACCAUCUAUGCCUCCUACCACUACUACACAAUCUACAUCUUCUAACCUAGUCUUUGUUGAUGAAACACUCACUGCCAUGGAAUCUGUCAUGUCUACAUCUUCAGAAAACUCUGAUAAUGCCAAUUAUUUUGAUUCUGAGAUGACUCUGGAUAGUAAUAAUGAAAAUACUUAUGAAAAUACUAACAACCUAAAUGUGAAUGAAACUUCUGAUGUUCAAACCAGCAAUGAUACUAAACAUAAUGAUGACAACUCUGAUACUAACAUGCAAACAGAUACCUCUCAUUUAUCUCCAAAACUCUCUUCCUCUGCAUCUCUUAACUAUGCUCCCCUGUCCUCACAGAAUUCAGAUCCAAACGACACCAAUCCUUAUCACACAGUUACAAGAUCCUCCAUUAAAAAACAACGAACAAACUAA